AUGAACGCAAGUGUAAUGGCGCCCAGCGCCAUGGUUGUUACACCACACCAUUUGGCUACUCAGACGGCUGUAAUGAUACUACGUAAUGGUGGAACUGCAAUAGAAGCAAUGGUCGCUGCUGCAGCAACCAUUUCUGUUGUUUAUCCCCAUAUGAAUACAAUCGGUGGUGACAGUUUCUGGUUGAUUAUUCCCCCUUCUGGAAAACCAUUUGGAAUUGAUGCUUGUGGACCAGCUGGAAGCUUGGCGAAUUUAGACUAUUUCGAAGGCUUAAAGAAAAUACCAACUCGAGGUCCAAAAUCAGCUAUUACUGUGGCAGGAACGAUUGCAGGGUGGGAAGAGGCGUUGAAAUAUAUAGAAGAAGAAGGUUAUAAGAGAAUGCCCAUUGAAGAGCUUUUAUCUGAUGCCAUACGAUACGCUGAAAAAGGAUUUCCUGUUUCAUCGAGCCAGGCAAACACAAACAAAGAAUUCAGUACAAAACGAGAGCAAUUCACCGAACAAUUCGAUGAAGUGUUUUACCCAGAUGGAAAAGUUAUGAAAACUGGGGAGAUAUUAUAUCAAAAGAAAUUAGCAGAAACAUUUAAAGAACUUGUCAAAGACGGUUUAGACAGCUUUUACCGGGGCAACGUAGCUAAAGUAAUUGCUAGAGAUAUGGAAACUUUUGGUAUGCCCAUUACUGAAUCAGAUCUUAAUAACUAUCACGCUAUUCGCCGGGAGCCACUGAGAUAUAAUCAUUCUCACGGUGAAUUAUUAAACUUACCACCGCCUACACAAGGUGUACUUUCUUUAUCAAUUCUUGGAAUGUUAGAUGAUUUACACAUUAAUGGUAGCGACGAAGGUGCAUUUAUACAUGCUGCUGUUGAAGCAACCAAACAAGCCUUUAAAUUGCGUGAUGAAUACAUAACCGACCCGCGCUACAUGACUGUUGAUGCGCAAUCAUUGCUAGCCAAAUCUAACAUCGAAAACAUGGCAAAUCAUAUUAACUUAGCAAGAGCUUCGCCAGAUGUAAAAGGCGAUGGUUCAAGUGAUACCGUUUGGAUGGGAAUAAUGGAUAGCAACGGAUAUUCAGUUUCCUUCAUACAAAGUAUCUUCCACGAAUAUGGUAGCGGCGUAGUACUACCUGAAACCGGUAUUCUAUGGCAAAAUAGAGGGGUUGAGUUUAAUCUGGACAAAAAGAGUAUUAGGUGCGUUGUGCCAGGGAAGAAGCCAUUCCAUACGCUAAAUCCUGCAGCUGCUUUCUUAAACGAUGGAAGAGUCAUGAUAUACGGAACUCGCGGAGGCGAUGGCCAGCCCCAAACUCAAACUGCCAUUUUCCACAGAUACGUAGUACAAGGUGAAACACUACAAAGAUCUAUAUAUGAUCCACGAUGGGUUUAUGGGCCUUUAACUAUGGAUCCCAAAAGUCUUCUUCGUCUUGAAGAUAGAUUUAGUAAUGAGACCGUAGAUUACUUGGUGGCUAGAGGACAUAAGAUUGAGAUUUUACCUGCAUUUUCUGAAAAGUUUGGACAAGCCGGUGCCUUAGUCAGGCACACAGACGGUAUCAUAGAAGCUGGUUGGGACGUACGCAGUAACGGAUUUGCCGCAGGUUUCUAG